AUGGAAGACGACGACGAUGUCAAUAUUUUUAAUUUUUGGAUCGCACAUCACCGACGGGUGGAGGAACAGGAACGAGAAAGGCGUGAAGAUGAGUAUGAGGAUAGACCUCAAGGGCAGCUGAGCGACAUUGUCGACAUGACGAGAGGACGGUUGAGGAGACAACUUUCUGCCCUAGGGUCGGUGAGAGUGGAGUUUCUCCACAUGCUCCAUCUCCCGGCCCUGUGGACCCGCGUCAUCGAGGACUACGAACGCCAUACGGCUCGUAGCAAAAUGGUCCGAGUAUGGCGAAAUGAUGAAUACGUAACAGUCCCAUUAAUGAAUCAUUAUGAACAUUUUUAUGAGUUUACCCUCGAAUAUCCAGACCUCCCAUGGGUCCGACUCGAAAGCUUCCGGCCUACGGAGGCUUUCCCAAUGGAAAUGAUUCUGCUUGUUUGA